AUGACCACAGAGAAGAUUUUCGAGCCUCUUUUUCCUCCUCGAAACUCUGAUGUGUCCAGAGGGCCAGUCAAACUCGAAACAGGGCAGGAAGAGAAGCGGCUUGCAGUAUUGUCGCGUUUUGCCAACGACAGCUAUACGUUACCUGACUCAUCGACUCUAAUGGACGUAGAAAAGUUCUGGUUGACCAAUGAUUGCCUGCUACGUUACCUUCGGGCGACCAAAUGGGAUGUAAAUGCGGCUAUUGAGCGGAUUGAAUCUACCUUGAAAUGGCGACGAGAAUUCGGCCUGUACGACAAACUAGACGCAGAGCUGGUGGAGCCUGAGGGAAAUACCGGACACGUCCUUCUGUAUGGCUAUGAUAGAGACAUGAACCCUUCCCUCUACGCGUUCCCCAGUCGUCAAGUCACCGAAGAAGGAAUGCGACAGAUACAGUACUAUACGUACAUGUUUGAGAAGGCACUCGAUGCCACAGGUCCAGGGGUCGAAAAGGUGUCCCUCCUUGUCAAUUAUGCUGACAAGUCAUCAAAAACUUCCCUCUGGAAAGCACAACAAGUCUUGGACAUUGUUCAAAAUCACUACCCUGAACGGCUCGGUCAUGCAUUUGUGAUCAACGUCCCAUUUAUCAUCAACAUGUUCUUUAAGAUUGUCAUGGCAUUUGUUGAUCCGGUCACCAAACAGAAGAUUCACUUCAAUGAGGACGUCGUCGAAAGGGGGUUUAUCGACAAGGAUGUGCUCAUUAGUGCGUCUGGUUGGGGCGGGAAUGUAGACUUCGAGUACAAGCAUGACAUUUAUUGGCCGAAGCUCGUUCAGGAGUGCAACGCAAGGAAGGAGGAGCAAUUCCGGCGGUGGCGAGCGCUGGGUGGCAAGAUCGGAGAAGACGAAUCCGUCCUCAAAGGCUCUGAUCCCCUACCGGAGUCAACCAACCAAUCUCGAGACGCGCCGGAGGUUGUAGUCACACCGCCCAGUGAGGUCCAUUAG